AAGCGCCACCACUGCUUUCCUGAUCGGUGGGAGGAUCCUAUGUUUGUCUGUCCUGUUUCUUAGCACCCUCUAUGUAGGCUAAUUUACCGAAUACUGCAGCAAGGGUGUCACGAUCCAGAGAGAAGGAAGGCAAAUCGGGAGUAAAAUCUAAACAGCGGCCAAAAGAGAGUAAUGGCAGCCAUUAGGAAGAAGCUGGUGAUCGUGGGGGAUGGAGCCUGUGGAAAGACUUGUCUUCUCAUCGUCUUCAGUAAAGACCAGUUCCCCGAGGUCUACGUGCCCACAGUGUUCGAGAACUACAUCGCUGACAUCGAGGUUGAUGGCAAACAGGUGGAGCUGGCGCUGUGGGAUACAGCCGGCCAGGAGGACUACGACAGGUUGAGGCCUCUCUCCUACCCCGACACAGAUGUCAUCCUCAUGUGCUUCUCUAUCGACAGCCCUGACAGUUUAGAAAACAUCCCGGAGAAGUGGACCCCUGAGGUGAAGCACUUCUGCCCCAACGUUCCAAUCAUCCUGGUGGGCAACAAGAAGGACCUGAGGAACGACGAACACACACGGAGGGAGCUGGCCAAGAUGAAGCAGGAGCCAGUGAAGCCAGAGGAGGGCCGGGACAUGGCUAACCGUAUCAGUGCCUUUGGCUACCUGGAGUGUUCAGCCAAGACAAAGGAUGGCGUGAGGGAGGUUUUUGAGAUGGCCACCAGGGCGGCGCUGCAGGUGCGCAAGCGCAAGAAGAGGGGUGCCUGCCUGCUGUUGUGAGGAGGAGGAAGACCUCAGUCGUCAACUGACAACAACAACAUAUAUAUAUAUAUAUAUAUAUACGCAGGACUGACCUUUUACCAAAUGGCAUCUUUGUACUGUAUCUCAUUUCACGCUAAAGAGGUUGGCGGCCGAAAGUGCUGAACGUAAAAUAACAAGGAAAAGGACUGGUCUGUAACACAGGUUAGAAAUUAGUGUUUAAACUUCUCAGCUUUGUUUUUGUUUGUUAUGCUUAUUCCAUGCAAUGGGUACACUGUCAUUCGUCUAGUUUUUCCACAGCAGUCUUUUUUUUCCCCUGUCGCUUUUGAGAAGAUAAUAAAUGCACAUGUAUUUGUAUGCAAAAAUAUUUGGCUGUCCUUCCCUGGGCCUGUACAAACAGUCGGUCAACAGAGUUUGUGUUGUCAACAUGCACACUGUUGGAAUCAGGACUCACCCAAACUCUUGUUCAUUUGUAACCCGUCCUGUCCGCUAUUCUAUGUUAAGAGGGUCUACUUUCCAGGGGAGAGGUUUUGCUCUUUAGAACCAGUGCCUUUUAAAAAAAAGUUAUUUUUCAAGUCCUUGCAUACCACUAAAUAAUGCUCCUCCUGACCUGUUGGUCAACUCACUAGCAGGGGAGCGGAGGGCCUCCCCACGUUAAUUAUACACAGUAUGUAUUGUAAUGCAAUCUGAGCUUUGCUGCAUGUAAACUAGGCUUUGAGGGCUGUUGACAACUAGCCGCAGGAAACAACUUCAAAGUUAUUUUACUUAGGAGAAGGCAUCAGCUAGUCCGUAUUGACUGAAAUCAGCCCCCCCUCCCCCCGGGGGUAGUCAGAGCACCUAAUGGCACUGUAACAUGACCCUACAGAUAUGUGUGCAGAGAAGUCCAUCCGCCCCCUCAAAUAAGGUCUGGAUUGAACAGCUGUUCCACAGUCGUUCUGAACACCUGUACAGAGAUGCUUGAAUAUCCCACAUAAACAGAAGCUAGCAUGACUUUAAAGUACCACCACACCAGGACGUGACAAGUUAAAACCGGUGUCGCAUGAUGAUUAGGGGAGCAUGGUCUACAGUAGCUACAGUAGGUUUGUAUGAGUUGACACAAUCCUCAUUUUAGAAUGAGAAUGCCAAUGUAUUUGUCACAAGGCUGGAGCUACUGGGGUAUGGGGGGGACUGACUGACUGGUGUAUCCUGCCUCGAGAUCCUGUCAGGGUUGACUGGCCUGGAGAUUUCCAGUCUGACUGCAUUCUGAGGAGCCACAUGAGUGUUUUUCAGUGCCUUCUCUUUCCUGGUAACCUGUGCGACUUUAGCGUUCCCUUCCCCGAGAGCCGAGCAGAGACUGGACCGGUUGCUCAAUGCCAACACGCCACAGCCAGUCAACUUUGACACCUCUGUCAUGUUGCACAAAGUUCAGCACUCACUCACCCAGCAAUAACGAAUGUCAGGGGGAAAUGAUGCUUGACAAAUUAAGAGUAUUAUUUUCAAAGUACACUUUGCCACAGCGUUCUGCAAAACAUACCUGGUUGAAACCCCAGUUAGAAUUUGAUCAUCCAUAGAUGAGAUCUCUUUAGCUCGGUGGUUGAUUGUAUUUCAUUUGAGGAAGGAAACUCCCAGUGUCCCUGAUUUUUCAGGAACUGGUUUGUCAAUUCUCAGUUUGUUCUGGCUUGGCGCUAUUUGACAAGAAGGCAAGACCUGAAUAAUUUUUUAUGAGAGAGAGAGAGACUUCUGUUGGCUGCCAAGAAAGUCCCCACACAAUUCUCUCUCCCUACCUGUCGCACAGCUAAAAUGACGUGCUCUGCACUGUGUUACGUUAACAGUAACGUUUGGAGGGUGUGCUACAGAAUUGGAAAUUACUUUUGCAUUCGGACAUGAUUUCUUGUCUUCUGUCUUUUUUUAUUUUUUAUAUUGCACUGCUGAGAACAAUAAAAUGCAUCGGGGUUGCUGAAGUCACUGGUCAAUCUAGGCUGUGUUUUUCUUUUACUGUUUUGUCAUUUGACUUGAUUUACGUAAUGGAACAACACUGGCGCUAUAGCAUGCCUGAGACUGGCGCUGGAAUAUACUGUAUUCGGGCUCCUCUCGGUCUUUUAGCUUUUCAAACCACCUAUUUCCAUUAAACUUUUACUUGUGUCCACCAUGGCUCCAACAUUACACCACUCCAAUAUGCUUGAUCUCUAUUUUCUGUAUUGCUUGGACUAGGUUAGACAUUUCACUUGCAUGGAAGUGGAAAUGUCAAUUUAAGUUUACUCUUUUGUAUCUUAUGAUGUUGACCAUUUGUCUAGCGGGAGCCCGAUGAGCCUUUCUCUACUGAUUCUUCACAGCGUUCCUAUUUCUCCUGGUUUGUGUCUGUCGUUCUUCUGCCUGUGUCCAUAAACUGGUCUGUCCAACCAAACGGGGCUCAACUUUCCAAAUGUCCAUCAGCAACGUUACAUGACAGGUUUAAAAGGUUGCGUGCAACCUGGUUGUGUGAUGCUAGCGAUAACAGGUAUUCCACAAUGCCAAUGAAAAAUAUUAGCUGGAUCGAUUGACCAAGCCCUCUGCUGGCCAAGUCGUCCAUGUUAACAGAGCUUCUACUGUGGUAGGAAAAUGACUUUACGUUCAAGCAGACAGAAACCGGGCGGUGUUAUAAGCGGUGUCCUAGUAUCACCCAAUAUUGUGACUGUUCAGGGGUGAAGCUCUGAGGAAAUGUGAGUUUGUCCCUUCAGGAGUAUGUUUGACUACACAAAAUGGAACUUAUGACAUUUUCCAUUUUGUUACCAUAUUACCUUUUUGUGUGGGUGUAUGUUCAAACAGUGUUUCCAUGUCGCCAACCCAUGAAAAGGACGGCAACUUUUAAGAUUUCAGACAUUUACGCCAACCUAAAUGCCAAGGAAUUCUAGGACAUCUAAAUAAAGGCAUUUGCAAGACUAUAUGUCCAGCAUAAUGUUACAACCAACCCCCACCCCAAAGCAGAAGGCAAACUACAUAUCAAGAUAAGCAUGUAGACUGCUGUUUUGUGUACGCUGCUACUUAACCUAGAUCACACUACUACAAAAUCUAAUCUUGUCUUCUAUUAUGUCGGUGUCUGCAUGAGUGAAACUAUGGUCUCUGCAACAGUUGCUCCACUAUGGGAACAGCUUCUAUCUGCUCAGUGUCUAACUCCUCUUUCUGGAAGUAUCUAAAAAAUAACAAUCCAGAUUUCUAUAAGAAAGCUCAUUGUAAUAAUGCUUAAAAGGAAAGUGAUGUAGUGGAUGUUUGAUUAAAGUGAACAUGAACUAUGUUAAUAAACUAUUUUUGAGACGAGAUUAUA